GUCACGCCACCUCCUUUACAAAUCCACUCCUGUCUAAAAGCUGCAAAAAUUACUUAUAUAAGUAGCUUAGUGUUUACUUUCCGUGACGUCUUGAAAUUUCAUUCAAAUUUCUUUCUUUUGACAAAUCAACUGAAAAUAGAGACAACAGAUGAAUGAAGAAUACUUUGAAAAAUGUGGCUACAAUUGGACCGAAACUAUCGAACUAAUCGACUCUUCAACCAUUUUUGCUGUGUCUACAGUGGUGAUUCUGCUGCCUGUGAUUCCAGUGUCCCUGAUAUCCAACUCCCUGCUGCUUCUGGUCUUAAUCAAGACUGGACACAUCAAGAAGAGAGCCAGCUUCCUCGCCACAAACCUCGCACUAAUUGACCUUUUCUGCACAGUCUUCAUAGGCUUCAACGAACUCUACUAUGUCAUUUGGCAUGAACACUUUUUGGGAAAAAUCGGGUGCAAAAUCACAGCCUCAGCUUAUACGUGGUACUUUUCUGGGACAACCUUGCUGAUGGUGUUCAGCUCCUGGGAACGAUAUUAUCACGCCAUGUUACUGCGAGAGCCGAUGAAAAAAUGGAAAAUGAAGAUCGUUGUCGUGUUAGUUUAUGCGUACAUAAUAGCACUGACAGUUUUGACUCUUAUUGGAACUGAAUUCACUGAGCCCAACAUCUGUAUGUAUGAGAUAUACUUCUUCGGUUAUUUCACUCGACUUACAAAACUGUUCCACCUAAUUACUGGGUUUGCGAUUCCAGCAUUGGUUUUGGGAAUCGUCUUCUUCAAAAUCCACAAGUUUUUGAAAGCAGACGCGGAAAAGUACAAAACUGCAAGUCAACAAGUUUCGCCUCGAAAAAGAGUCGACGCUACUAAGGACGCGACGAAAGCAGCAACCGCUCGAAAUUCUCCGAGUAGUUCUCAUUUGACUGUUCCGAAAAUACCAACAAGAUCAACAACAACAACGACUGCAGACGGAUUGCGAAGGAACACCAACUCUGUCAACUCAACCGGCGCCCUCUCUUCCAGAAACAGAAUUUUCUACAUUCUGGCACUGUAACUUCUUUCUACGUUUGCGAACUGUUAUACGUGGUGACCAGUGCCUGGAAACUCAUUGCAGAAACAUUUUUGACCUGCAUAUACCCGGCUGACAAAAUAUUUGUUCACGCCCUCGCAAUUUUGGCCUACCCUAUUUUGGUGGUAAAUUGUGCAAUAAACCCAAAUAUAUAUUUGAUUCUGUCACGAAAGUUCCGAAAUGAGUUGAAGAAUAUGAUUGAUUCUUUGAUUCGAAAGUUCCGAAGACCAAAUACUUCCCGUCAGCCAGCUGUACGAAACUGUGCGAACGGCCGACAAGGAAAUGUACCGACUCAAACAACAAUUGCUUCAGCGCAGAAAUCAUUCAAUCUGUCAAACAGCAGUCAGUCAGAAAAACCUGGAUUUUACAGGAAAGUGGGAACAAGUCACAGAAAUAACUUUACUGGGCAUGCUAGUAGUAUCAGUGUUUCAAAAGUUUAAAUGUCAAGGUACAGAGUGCUACUUGUUUUCGAUGUUUCCG